CACUGAAACACUUCCUGGAGGACGUUAGCUCGAAGCUAAAUUAGCAUCGACAUUGUUUUUAUUAUUGAGCUGUGCUCUCUGGCCGUGGCAAUGAGUAAAGACUGAGCUCGUUGUUCCGUGAAACGUCUCGCGGCUGGUCUGACGGAGAGGUGGCAGUCAUGUAUGGCUCAGGGAAGUACAGCUCCCGGGGCCCUGCUCUAAUCCCUCGUAUGAAAACCAAGCACCGCUUGUACUACAUCACCCUCUUCUCCGUUGUGCUCCUUGGACUGAUUGCCACCGGGAUGUUUCAGUUUUGGCCUCACUCCAUUGAGUCCACGACUGAAUGGACUCUUGAAAAGGGCAGUGUCCAUGAUGCACCUCUGAUCCGGCUGCCUGGAUCCAGUCCCAUACCUGAGAGGGGUGACCUAAGUUGUCGGAUGCACACCUGUUUUGAUGUAUAUAGAUGUGGCUACAACCCCAAGAACAAAAUCAAGGUCUACAUCUACCCUCUUCAGAGGUUUGUGGAUGAACUGGGGGUUCCCAUCAGCAGCACUGGAUUGUCACGAGAAUACAACGACCUGCUCAGUUCAAUCUCUGACAGUGACUUUUACACGGAUGACGUCACCAGGGCUUGUCUUUUUAUCCCAUCUAUUGACGUGCUCAAUCAAAACUCGCUUCGAAUCAGGGAGACUGCUCAAGCUCUGACAAUGCUACCCAGAUGGGACAAGGGGAUGAAUCAUUUACUUUUCAACAUGCUACCUGGAGGGCCCCCUGACUACAACACUGCUUUGGAUGUGCCAAGAGAUCGAGCACUUUUGGCUGGGGGUGGUUUCUCCACAUGGACUUACCGACAGGGAUAUGAUGUCAGCAUCCCAGUUUACAGUCCCCUUUCUGCAGAUGUUGUGUUGCCAGAAAGACAACCUGGGCCGCAGCGCUAUUUUAUUUUGUCAUCUCAAACUGCCAUUCACCGAGAGUAUCGUGCCGAGCUGGAGCGUUUGAAGGAAGAAAAUGGAGAAUCCCUGCUCCUGCUGAACAAGUGCAGCAAUCUCUCCCAGGGUGCUGCCUCGGCUAGGAAGCGAUGCUACAAAGGACAGGUGUAUGACUACCCACAAAUUCUGCAGGAGUCGUCUUUCUGUGUUGUUUUGCGAGGGGCUCGUUUGGGUCAGGCUGCCCUCAGUGAUGUUCUGCAGGCUGGGUGUGUCCCUGUCAUCCUGGCCGACUCCUACAUUCUGCCCUUCUCUGAAGUACUGGACUGGAAAAGGGCGUCUGUGGUCAUUCCAGAGGAGAAGUUAUCUGAGAUGUACACCAUCCUGAAGAGCAUUCCUCAAAGACAAGUUGAAGAAAUGCAAAGACAGGCGCGGUGGUUCUGGGAGGCCUACUUCAGCUCCAUGAAAGCCAUUGGUUUGACAACUCUGCAGAUCAUCAAUGACCGCAUUUACCCAUAUGCUGCUCAUACUUACGAGCAGUGGAAUAAUCCCUCUGUUGUGAAAUGGUCCAGUGUGAACAGCCCUCUGUUCUUGCCUCUUAUCCCGCCUCGGGCUCCUGGGUUCACCGCAGUGGUACUGACCUACGAUCGCGUUGAGAGUCUUUUCCGGGUCAUCACAGAAAUCUCCAAAGUGCCGAGCUUGGCUAAACUGUUGGUGGUUUGGAAUAAUCAGAACAAGAGUCCUCCUGAGGAGUCUCUUUGGCCAAAAGUUGGCGUUCCUCUGAAAGUCGUGCGAACCAAAGAGAACAAACUGAGCAACCGUUUCUUCCCCUACGAUGAGAUCGAGACAGAAGCGGUGCUUGCCAUUGAUGAUGACAUCAUCAUGCUGACAUCUGAUGAACUGCAGUUUGGCUACGAGGUGUGGAGAGAGUUCCCCGACAGGCUGGUGGGCUACCCGGGGCGACUGCACCUCUGGGACCAUGAAAUGGGGAAGUGGAAGUAUGAGUCGGAGUGGACCAACGAGGUUUCCAUGGUCCUAACAGGAGCUGCUUUCUACCACAAGUACUACAAUUACUUGUACACGUACAAGAUGCCCGGGGACAUCAAGAACUGGGUGGACGCGCACAUGAACUGUGAAGAUAUUGCCAUGAACUUCCUGGUGGCGAACGUCACAGGAAAAGCCCCCAUAAAGGUGACCCCCCGGAAAAAGUUCAAGUGUCCUGAAUGUACUGCCAUUGAUGGACUGUCCUUGGAUCAGACGCACAUGGUGGAGAGGUCCGAGUGCAUCAACAAGUUUGCGUCUGUUUUUGGAACGAUGCCGUUAAAAGUGGUGGAGCACCGUGCGGACCCCGUGCUCUACAAAGACGACUUUCCAGAGAAGCUCAAAAGCUUCCCCAACAUCGGCAGCCUGUGAGCAGCUUUAUCUAAAGUAUGGACGCCCCCCCAACCUCAGCACCGCGUGUCUGGUCUCCAACAUUUAUCAUGUCAACAUAUCAGUAUUGAAAUGAAAAGUCAAGUGUUCACUCUGAGUUCAAGUGACAUUUAGUUUUCAGCCUGAAAUGUCACUGAAACCAGAUUAGUUGUGAACUUUAACGUAACGUUUGUCAUGUUUACAUGGAAAAUGUGACAUGUUUCAAACAUGGAUGUUACAUGAAGCUGCAGACGGUCACAACUGACGGCUCUGGAUUCAACGUGCAUGUUGUACAUAUUUAUAUUUUGCAGCUGUAUAAAAGUCCUAAUUUAUAACACCAACCAUUUUUUACUCCCCUUUUUUUGUUCUUUUCAAAUCUGAUUCUUUUUAGGUGUCCUGUAUAAAAAGACAAAAGUAAUAAAUAGAUGAUUAAUGAUGCUGACAUCUCUCUGCAGGCUUUAUUCACACGGUGAUUGAUUGUGAUGACACACACAUGUUGUGCUGUGAAUGUUCUGUUACACAAUCACAUUUGGGCUCUGACACAAAGCUGGUCUCAUAAAUCAAAGAUUUAGAGUAACUGCUGAAUUGAGACAAAACUAUCUGCUACCGGACGUUCUUUUUAAAUGUACUUUUGUAAAGCCUGAGAAAGUAUUUUGUUGUAUUUCUAUAUCGAUGUGCAUAAGAGAAGUGAUUAUGUUGCUCAAGCAUCUUCCCGGGUCAUUUUCGUUACGAGCACUUCAUCAGCGUAUUGCCUUACAUUUGACUCUUUGUUGUAUUUUAAUUAUGGAAAAUUCAAUCUUUAAUUUGUCUAGGCCUUUUUGUUGUACUUGUAUUCCCCACAUUCAUU